UUUAUAUAUACAUAAUUUGCAUAUAUAAAUAAAUAUUCCCUUUGAAGCCCAAGUUGCUUAAUUGGAAAUUUUUUUAUUUACUACAAGUUCCGUACUGAUUCUGACCUCCUCUCUCUAAUAAUCUCUAUCGUCUAUCUACAAUAUAUAUACAUAAUUUGCAUAACAUGUUGCAAUAUUUUCGUUAAUAUAUAUAUAUAUAUACACACUUCCAUUUGCCAUAUAUAUCUAUCUACACAAAUCCGCAAUUGAUUUUGUUUUCAGAUUCGAUUGAGUGAUUGAUUGGUUAAUGGCUGCGAGUGCGAACCCUCUUGGAAAUAAUAACAAUCAAGAAGGUUCAGGCAACGUAAUUGACGCCGCCACGUCGUUAACUGAGAACGCGGUGGUGGGCCCCACUCAGGCGUCGCUCAGGCACAACCCCGGUAUCUCCCUCGAAUGGACUGUCGAUGAGCAGUCUCUCAUGGAGGAUUUACUCGCCAAAUAUGCCUCUGAUUCCAACUUAGUUAGGUAUGCAAAAAUUGCGAUGCAGUUACCAGAUAAGACAGUUCGAGAUGUGGCACUGCGCUGUAGAUGGAUGACUAAAAAGGAAAUUGGCAAGCGAAGGAAAGAGGAUAACAACCCAACAAGGAAAAAUAAAGACAAAAAGGAAAAAGUUGCAGAUCCUUUGGGAAAAGCCUCUCAUGUUACAACCCAUUCCAGUGGUCCUCCAUAUGCUCAAUCAAUGAUCUCCAUGGACAAUGAUGAUGGCAUCUCGUACAAAGCCAUUGGUGGUGCAACAGGACAGCUUCUUGAGCAAAAUGCUCAGGCCUUGAAUCAAAUUUCUUCAAAUUUUUCAGCUUUCAAGAUGCAUGAGAACAUCAGUCUCUUUUGCCAAGCUCGAAAUAAUAUCCUCACAAUCUUAAAUGACUUGAAUGACACACCGGAGAUAAUGAAGCAGAUGCCACCCCUUCCAGUGAAGCUGAAUGAAGAGCUUGCAAAUUCAAUCCUUCCCCGGUCAUCCUAGCAGAAGAAAUGAUGGUGCCGCUGCUUUUAUUAUGUGACCUGAGCUCACUGAUGCUUCUGAUUCUUUCCAUCAAGUUGUGACCUUUUUGUUAUAAUCUGAAAGCAGAAUAAACUGGCUAGUCAAGUCCAAUUCAUUUUUCAAUUUCAAAGGGGAACUUUGUUUCCAAUUUCUUUGCGCGAUGGUCUUGUUCCAUUAUUUUUUAAAAUCUUUCUUUUCUUUACCUUAUUUAGCUUUGUUGAUUUUUUGUAAGUAGUUUUUGUAGUAUGUAAUGCUAAGAGUUGUGUAAGAAGUCUUCUUGACACUGUAAAUAAUUCAAGGAAAAUUAGUUAUAAUA